ACUUUGAAAGAUCACUAUGGAAGCUCUUUACUCCAGUCUCCACUACUGGCUAGUUGACCACCCAACCAUUAGCCAAUUUGAAUGGAAACAAGGCCACACUUUUGGUUCCUCCCUACUUUUCCUCACACUUUCAAUCUCUAUCUACUUGUCCAUCACUCUUUUAUCUCUUCGCUUCUCAUCACUCCUCCCCACACUGUCCACCACCACCCUCCACCGCAUGACGGCCGUCCACAGCCUCAUCCUAUGCCUCUUCUCUCUCAUCAUGGCCGUCGGUUGCAGCCUCGCCGUCCUCCACCAAACGCCACGGCAGGACCCGAAAUGGUUCUUUUGUUUCCCUACCAAUCAUAUUCUUCCACAUGGACCUAUCUUCUUUUGGUCCCAAGUCUAUUUCCUGUCCAAGACUCUUGAAUUCAUAGACACCCUUUUGAUUAUUUUUAGUAGGUCGCGAUCGCGAAGGCUUUCGUUCCUCCACGUGUACCAUCACACGAUGGUGCCUCUUCUUUGUUAUCUUGCUAUCUACACUUCAGAGUCACUGAUCCAUGUUGUUGUUAUCAUCAAUUCUUCAAUUCAUGUUCUAAUGUACGCUUAUUAUUUCCUAUGUUCUAUAGGGAAGAAGCCACGGUGGAAGAGGUUGGUAACAGACUGUCAAAUUGUUCAGUUCAUUUUUGGGUUUAUAUGUUCACCGAUUAUGCUUUACUAUCACUUUACAACUGAGAUUGGGUGCUCUGGGUUUGGACCUUGGUGCGUCUGUAUAGCUUUUAAUACUUCACUUUUGGCACUUUUUCUCGACUUUCAUUCCAACAACUAUGGCAAGAAAAUCAGGAAAGACCCAGAUAGUAAGCUGGAGAAACAGACAUAAUGUCCAUAUAUUGUUACUCUUUAGCUUGCUAGCUACUCUAUUUUAU